GGGCGGAGGAGGAGGUCUGGCUCCUCCUGCUCUGGGCGGAGGUCCGACUCUCUGAAAAUCUUUGCUCAGAGGAAACUUUGCUGCGGAGAAGUUGCGGAGUGUUUUUCUCACCGACGGUAAAUCCUCCUCUCCUCCAUCAUGUCCGGCGUCGCGUCCACUCUGGCCAAGAAACGGGCCGUGGCCGCCGGAUUCGGCACCAACGCCAACGCGGUUCCGUACCUGAACCAGGACUUCGCGACCCUGCGGGCGCAGUGCCGGUCCUCCGGACGGCUCUUCACCGACCCGACCUUCCCCGCCGCGCCCGAGUCCCUGGGCUUCAACGAGCUGGGCCGCAGCUCCUACAAGGUCCGCGGGGUGACCUGGAAGAGACCCACGGAACUGGUUUCUAACCCGGAGUUCAUCCUGGGCGGAGCCACCAGGACCGACAUCUGCCAGGGAGCUCUGGGUGACUGUUGGCUUUUGGCGGCCAUCGCCUCACUGACCCUGAAUGAAUAUGUGAUGGCCAGAGUCGUUCCCACCGACCAGGGCUUUGGUGACGACUACGCCGGCAUCUUCCACUUCCAGUUCUGGCAGUUCGGGGAGUGGGUGGACGUGGUGAUCGACGACCGUCUGCCCGUCAAAGAUGGAGAGCUGAUGUUCGUCCACUCGGCUGAAGGGAGGGAGUUCUGGAGUGCUCUGCUGGAGAAGGCCUAUGCCAAGGUGAAUGGCUGCUAUGAGGCGCUGUCCGGCGGUUCAACCACUGAGGGCUUCGAGGAUUUCACUGGAGGCAUCGCUGAGAACUACGACCUCCAACGGCCUCCAUCCAACCUGUUCCAGAUCAUCAAAAAGGCCCUGGAGGCCGGAGCUCUGCUGGGCUGCUCCAUUGACAUCACCAGCGCUGCUGACUCAGAGGCAGUCACUCGUCAGAAGCUGGUUAAAGGACACGCCUACUCUCUGACUGGCGCCGUGGAGGUGAACUACCGAGGUCGGCAGGAGAAGCUGGUGAGGAUGAGGAAUCCCUGGGGUCAGGUGGAGUGGACUGGAGCCUGGAGCGACGGAUCAUCUGAGUGGAACUAUGUGCAAGGAGACUGCCCACAUGCCAACGCAGAGGAUGGAGAGUUCUGGAUGUCUUUCAACGAAUUCUUGCGUCACUACUCUCGUAUCGAGGUGUGCACUUUGACCCCCGACACCAUCGAGGACGACUCGGUCAAACACUGGAGCGUCAGCAAGUUUGACGGCACCUGGAGGAGAGGAUCCACCGCCGGAGGCUGCAGGAACCACCCCUACACAUUCUGGAUGAAUCCUCAGUUUGUGAUCAAGCUGGAGGAGGAGGAUGACGACCCAGAUGAUGGAGAGGUGGGCUGCAGCUUUGUGGUCGGUCUGAUCCAGAAGAACCGCAGGAAGCUGAGGAAACAAGGAGAGGACAUGCACACCAUCGGGUUCGCCAUCUAUGAGUUGUUGUGAUUGUUCCCCCCUCAGUUCUACGGGCAGCGGGAGGUUCAUCUGGAUAAGAACUUCUUCCUGACCCAUGCUCAGACAGCGAGGUCAGAAACCUUCAUUAACCUGAGGGAGGUCAGCUCUCGCUUCAAACUGCCGCCGGGAGAGUACCUGAUCGUCCCCUCCACCUUCGAACCACACCUCAACGGGGACUUCUGCAUCCGGGUGUUCUCCGAGAAGCAGACAGAGACCCUACCCUGUGACGACCCGGUCAACGCUGAGCUGGACGAUGAGACGGUGUCUGAUGAGGAAGUAGAUGCUGGAUUCAGAGGCCUCUUCACUAAACUCGCUGGAGACGACAUGGAGAUCUCUGCCGUGGAGCUGAGGACCAUCAUGAACAAGAUUGUGUCCAAACGAACUGACAUCAAGACCGACGGCUUCAGUGCAGAGACCUGCAGAGUCAUGGUCAACCUGAUGGACGACAGUGGGAACGGGAAGCUCGGCCUCGGAGAGUUCGCCACACUGUGGAAGAAGGUUCAGAGAUACCUGUCCAUCUAUAAGAAGAACGACUCGGAUAACUCGGGGACGAUGAGCACUCCAGAGAUGAGAGUCGCCUUCAAAGACGCAGGCUUCACCCUCAACAACACCAUCUACCAGCUGCUGGUGGCGCGAUACUCUGACCCCGACAUGACCAUUGACUUCGACAACUUUGUGGGCUGUCUGAUGAGGCUGGAGAUGAUGUUCAAGAUCUUUAAACAGCUCGACGCUAACAACAGCGGCUCCAUCGAGCUCGACUUCAACCAGUGGUUAAAUUUCGCCAUGAUCUGAGCCGUGACUCCGUCUUCGCCCAGAGCCUCGGUGUCGCGGCAGCACGCCAUAUUCCUGUUUACAGACGCCGCUUCUUUUAAACUCCUAUUGUUUUAUAUGUGAGGCUUGUGUUUUAUUAUCUAUACACUACCUGACUGACAGUCGAUGUAAAGUCAAUAAAUUUAUCCACAAAA